AUGGGCACUGGGAAGUCGACAAACAACCGUGCUAUCCUCGAGGAGGCGCCCCGUCCGCGCGCUGUCCUCAUGACCACGUAUUGCCAAACACAAGCCAGCGAUGCAGCCGGGAAGAACCAGAAUCUGCGCGCUACGGCGAUCUCAAAACCAGAUGCGGGCGCGAUGUCGGGGAGCGCUUUGUCGAGCCCCUGGCCGACAGGGAGCUCUACCCGCGUGUCAUCCGCCAGGAUUGUCCCGUUCGUUGCCGGGGGCCCAGCCAACCUCAGCACGGGCAGGAUGCUGGACUUCGUCAGUGUGACGUCACCGAACGGCCCCGAUGGUUACCUCACCUAUUCCGGUAGCCUAACGCAGCCGCCCUGCACCGAGGGCGUCACCUGUUCAGCGGAAUCGGCCUUCUGA